UGCGCGAGGGGUUUUCCCACAGCAGUGCAGGAAGUUUAACCCACACGUCAGGGUUUCGGAGCAAUAGGCUGUUGUCUUUAGUUUACUUUUCCAAUCUGACUGGAAUGGCAGCAGCGACGCUAAAUCUGGGAUGGUUAUUAAACAUGAGGUUGGCUUCAGUGCUGUUGGUCCUAAUGGGGGCAGUGGGCUCGUCCUGCAUCAGGAUUCUAUCCCCGCACGCGCUCAAAUGCUCGCGACAGGAUCUGCGCUGUACUUCCAGUUACAGUAACUGCAUGGACCCAGGGUGGCUGAUUAGUCACCAGUACACCCCCAGUGGUCCAGCGGAUUUGCAGGUGUCGAUAGACACCAGACUGGAUGACACAGGACAACUGCAGCCUGUCCUUCAGGCUAACUGGACAUUAAAGGAUGAUGGUAGCAUACAUUUCCUGAACGCCACUGAGCUUCACGUUGUAGUAAUGUCCACCAAUGAGCAGCUGUGUGUUCGAUAUUCUUUCAAAGAGGUCCUUCCUAUGAGAAGCCCAUCACAUGAGAAGUGGCUUUUCUCCUCUAGUGUGCUGGUGCUGAAUCCCGGUGAGCAGUAUUCUGUGUCUGUCUACAACAUCCCCAAACCGGAGCAGGGCCACAGUAGCUUUGACAUCCGCAGAGAAGUUCAGGUCCUUGACUGUAACCACGCCACAAUGAAGAUGACCCAGUUUUGCAUAGAGAGAGGAAGUCUGUGGCAGCCAAACAUAAGUUUGGUUGCUGAUACGCCCAAUGGCUCCCUGGCUAUCAGCUUUAGCCCUGACAAGCUGUCUAAGAAGUACAUGGUUAUUGUGAAAUGUGGCUCCAUCACAGAGACUUCCACUGUGCAUACGGAAAACCAGGAGGCAACAACUGUAAAGUUUAGUCUUGACAGAUGGCCGAGAUUCUGCUGCCAAUUUGAUGCUGAGAUUAAACCUUUUUUCCCACAAUGUGACAAUGACUGUACGCGGCAAAGAAAAACUCAAGAUUUUUGUACAGAAGUGAAGCAAACAUCUGUCCGUACCCCUGUAUACUUGUUUGUUGCCAUUGGACUUGCGUCCAUGUGCAUCAUGAUUAUAGCGAUGAUGUGUGUUCUUUGCAGAAAGCAUGGUAAAUCUAACAUCACUAAAUCAAAACCGGAAGAUGGAGCACUACAGACACCACUUAAACAAUCACCCAAAGUGCUGGUUAUCUAUUCCCAGGACCACCACCUCUACAGGGAAGUUGUGCUCAAGCUGUGUGCCUUCCUCCAGGCAAAAUGUGGCACCAGGGUGCUGGUAGACCUGUUGGACACGUCCUCGGUCAGCAUGGUAGGUCGUCUCCGCUGGCUCGAGUGGCAACGGCAGCAGUUAAAAGACCCAACAGACAAGAUCCUGGUGCUGUGCUCGCGCGGCGUUCAGGCAAAGUGGAGAGCGAUGUGCGGUCACGGCCAGGUGACACUGAAGGAAGACGUGCUUUCUCCUACCGAUGACAUGCUCAUUCCGUUUCUCAACCUCUUCCUGCCUGACCUGCAUCAAGCAGGCAUGCUCGGCAAGUACAUGGUGGCUUACUUUGAAGACAUCAGCAGCGAGAGAGACGUGCCUUCGGUUUUUGACAUUGGAAUCAAAUACAACCUGAUGAAACACUUUGAGGAACUGUGCUUCCGUAUUUUAGACAUUGAGAAGUAUCAGCCAGGUCAGAUCAACCACAUUGAAGGAAUCAAUGUGGAUGAAUAUUCCAGCUGUGCCUCAGGUAGAGCCCUCAAAAAUGCUAUCGAAACCUUCAAAGCCUAUCAGAUGGAAAAUCCGGAUUGGUUUGAAAGGGAGUGUGUUCCUAGUGAGGAGGACGUCAUUUCUGAGGCCAACCAUCUUAUCGAGCCACUGCAGACUCCUCCAGUCUUUGAGUGCAUUCCUCCAGUCAGAGGUGGGCUUCCAGUCUUUGUCCACAAUGUCGAGGUUAAUGACAACUGCAGCACUGUUCACAUUCUUACGCCCGAGUUAAACCCAGAGCAGCAGCUGUCAUCAGUGGCAGAACUGGUACCAACUAUGGAUUCUGAGUGCAGAAAUAUUUACCCACCAAGCCAGGUGGAAGUGGUAACAGAGGACCCCGAGUAUCCCCACAUCAACAGUCCAAAGUCUGUUUACAUCAUUGAGCCUGUUUUUAAGAGCCAACCCUCUGUCCAACAGAACUGGGUGUCUGUCAGUGAACAAUCAUCUGCUCAACAGCCUGCUGAGGAUGAUACAGAAGGUUCUUUGGAGCAUAUGAACAAAAGGUUGUAUGACUAUUCAGACCAAAAAGGCUUGGCUCUAGAGAACUGUCUUGAACCAGGUUCAUUUGAAUCCCCAUCAUCACCAACUGAAUUCAGCCCCUCUCAACCUGUGGAGAUGGAGGAGGAAGUUUCAGAGCCAACUGCAACACGCUCAAGCAGUGGAUCUGACCAAGGCUACAUCUCCAAAGGCUCAUCCCAACCUGAAGCUACGUUUAAAGAGGAUCCACUGAAAGCUUUGGCAAAACUGCAGGAGGCGCUGUUCCACUUUGGAUACUCUGAUAAUAAAGACACCUGAUGAGAGUGCUGGCCCUUAACUCUCUUUUUCUACCAGACAGCGGUGAACAAUUUGAAGUCGUUAUUCCUGAAACCAGCUUCUGAAGUUCCAACUUAUUUAACUUAUGCCAAGUAUUUUAGAUCCUCAAAGACAUUGCACUCUCUAUGUUCAUAUGUGACCUUUAUGAACAGACUUACAUGCCUAAACUAUAAAAGCAACAUUUGCAUUCAAUUGGUUUUGUUUAUAGACAGUAUAAAGUGGAACCGACAACUCAGUAUUUUUUAAUUAAGGUUUUAUGCUCAUUGAAAAUGAAUGUUUUUUUAAUAAAGUCCC